AUGGCUGAAAAAUCAAAUGAAGAUCAGUUCGGACGUGUUCUUCAAUCAGCAUUUGAUUAUUCAUCUAUUUUCGUUAUCCAAAUCGCAUUGAGUUCUCCAAUGUUGAAACAGACAUUGGAACGAAAUGGAAUUGUUUUCGUUCAAAGAAUGAGUUUCAACAAAUUAAGAUGUGAUGCAUUGGAUAUUUGUUUGACUUGUACACGUAAUUUAGCUUCUACAUUGUUUAUAAGACAAGGAAAACUCCCACAAGAACUCGAGAACACGAAACCUCCUAUUGCAGAAGGUUGUGAUUAUUUAAUUCGUGCUUUCGAAUUAAGUUUACAUGAAGCAGAUGAUAUUUCAAAGAAUUUAGAUCACGAUGUUUCAAAUGAAACAAGAUUUGAUUUAAGAGGAACAACAGCAUUAAAAGCUAAAUCUCGUGCAAGGAAUUCAGAGUUUUCUGAAACAGUUGAUUCUAUUGAUCGAUUAUGUCAUUCCAUGCUUCAUUUGUUUAGAUGUUUGUGUUUCUAUUGGCGUGAGAAAACGGAAGACUUUUCUAAAUCUUUGUUUGAUUAUUUGCGGAAUUUAGUUUCACAAGAAAUUCCUUUCUGCAAAUCACAGCCACAUCCAAUUUACAUGAUCCAUCAUUGUGCAGAAGAAAUGAUAUUAUAUGCUUUGAAGAUGCCAACGAAUUCACCUGCAAGAGAAUCAUGUCAAUUCAUGGAUGAAUUGCUUCCACAAAUUAUGUCGCAUGAUUUCAGUUUCUUGAUGAUUUGUGUUGAUAAAGAUAUCAGCGAAAUCCAACUUCCUCAUCGAUAUGAAAGCGGAAGAAAGAUCAGAUUUGAUUUAUUCGAAGCAUGUAUUGAAGGUCAAUCACUCACAUUAUCAGAUUUAGUUCGAUUUGUUGUUGAAGACAUGUUACACAAUGAAACAAGGCUUUUCGGACGUCCUGUCAUUCGUGAAGAAGCAUGUCGAAUGCUUAUCAGUGCGAUGAGGAAACGAGAAAGUAUCAAGAUUUCUAUCAAGAAGAUUGCCGAUGAAUUUGUUCUUGCAAACUUUUUAGACAGAGAAAGAACAUUGGUUGAAUCAUCAGGAGAUUCAUACAUCGUUAACACAUCUAUUGAAUUACUUCGAAGUGUUCGAAAUUGUUCAGGUUUCUUUGAAGACAAAUUCCUUCAGUCUUCUUCGAGACUGCUUGAAGAUGUUUGUGCUCGAUACACACGUGUUUAUGAUGACCAAGAAAUCUCAAUGAUGCAGCCUCCGAAAAUUCACAACCAAUCAAUUCUCAUUCCUAAACUUUCACUUCAACGAAAUGAAAGUGUUUCACAAACAGCAAGACCACAAACAACAAUGUCUAUGCGACUUCCUUCAUCACGUGUAGAAACUAAGACACCUAACUUGAUAUCUUCACGUCGUCCUCAAACUGUUAUUCGCAAAUCACUCACAUCUAGACCAAAAUAA